AUGGCGGCGCCUUCCCUCGCCCUCGAGGUGUCUCUGUACUUUGGCAAGCUGUGGGACGUCGUGUUCUGGGUCCUCACGUUCAUUUUAUUCUGCUGGAAGGGAAACAAGCUGCCCUACGCGGACGAGGUGUUCGAAUACGAGUUUUCGUUUCUGUUCCUGUGGCUGCUCACGGAGCCGACGCGGCUGUUUCUGGGGAGCAAAGGAAACAAAACGCUCACGACAAAACCGUUACUAUUCUCGCUCACCCUCGCCGGGUUCUCGCUGUUCCUUCACGUCUACUACAUCGUCGCGCAGGCGUUCGUUCUCCGCGCGGAUCUCGUCAUGAACUCCAUCUCUAUGGCGUUUCUCGGCGCGCAGUUUCUCCUCACGGUGGGGCAGGUUAUGGACUACUCCAACUACCAGAUCUCCGCGGCGAGGUUCUUGCCGAAGAUGCUGUCGCAGCGGCAGCGGGGGUGGUAG